AUGGCUUUCCUUCAGUCCCUCGUCGCAACCUCUAUGCUGCUUUCGGCAUUGCUAGUCUUUGCCUCGGCAACUGAUUAUGGGUAUGGUCCAGCAACGCUUCAGAACCCCAAACCCGAAACAGAUUACAAACCACAGCCUACAAAACCAGAUUAUGAAGUGCCCAAACCCGAAAAAGAUUAUUAUAAACCACAGCCUACGAAACCAGAUUAUGAAGUGCCCAAACCAAUAGGAGAAGAUGAAGUGCCACUGCUGCCCACAAUCAUCAGUGUCCAAGGAGUUGUUUUAUGUAAAUCAGGCUCUAAUUACUUCCCAAUUCAAGGAGCCGUGGCACGAGUUACGUGCGGAUGUGUGGACGAGAAUGGGUACGAGACAGGUCCUAUAUCAGUAUUGAGUGAUGCAACAGAUGGAAAAGGUUAUUUCUUGGCCACAGUGACACUUGCGGAGUUUGGACACAAAUUGAAGUUUGGAGAAUGCAAAGCAUACCUUGACAGUUCUCCGUUAGAGACAUGUAAAGUUCCCAGCGAUGUCAACUACGGGAUCAGUGGUGCUACCCUUUCUUCUUAUCGUACUCUUGACAAUAAGAAGAAAUUGUACUCUGUCGGACCUUUCUUCUGCACCUCCCAAUCCCCACCAUAUUCCAGCCCCUAA